AUGUGGCUGGAGGAAUUCAAAUACAACGGUUGUGACUACGAUGCCGAUCCAGCCAUUCCUUUCUACAUUACUCUGAACAGAGCUGGACGAAAGUACUUGGUAGAGAAUUACGACGCUCGUGACGAUUGGGUGAAGGUGUUGAUUCAAUAUCAUGUCAACACUCCACUGGUCUUUCACCUCCUCCAGACUAACCCUUCCUUGCUCAAGGGCAUGGGGCUGGACCAUCAUCACAACAAGGGGCAAACUAUACAGUCUAUUGGUACCCGUAAGAGCACCGUGUGUGAGGAUGUCAGAAACAAACACGACGACGAAGUAUUCCGAGGAUGGUACAGGUAA